UCCCUCUACUCAUCUCCCCGCCGCGUCGCCCCUGGCCUCCGCCCUUACCCCCACAGCCACCACAAAUCGACGACCUCGCCUCCCAUGCGCCCCUUCUCAUCCCCUCCCCCGGUUCAUCGGAGAGGAAAAUUAGCAGGUCGAGCGACCAGAUCCGCCCACAUCUGGCCCCGUUGCAACUGGCGCCGACCGCGGUGUUGGCGGGAGGCGCCAACACGCCGCUCUCGGCCGUGGAGCUGCUCCCGCCGGGCCACCCGAACCCGUCCGUCGCCUGCUCGCCUCCAGCAGCGUCUUCUCCGAACACACAGCCGACGGUGGUACGUGCUUGUGCUGGCGUGGCCGCGGCUCCACGAGGCCGUGCUCGACCCCGCCGGUGUCGAGCCCUUCGCGCGCGCCCACGCCGGCCUCCCCGCCUACGCCUACUAAGGCCAGGACCAGGAGGCGAACGAGGUGAUGCUCCAGGCCGUGACCGGCGUGUUGGAGCCGUUCAUGGAGGUGCUGCUGGAUGGGUACUGCCUCGGUGGAGGGUUUGAGGGCGUGGCCAUGCUCGUCGACGUCGGUGGCAGCUCCGGCGCCUUCCUCGCGAUGAUCAUGAGCAGGGUGCCCACCAUCCGCCAGGGACUCAACUUCGACUUGCCAGACGUCGUCGCCGCCGCGCCUCCCAUCUCUGGUGAGACCAUCGAUCCCCCAAUCCGCUGGCCUUCCUGCCCGUUGUUGUUGCCAUUGUCCUCUCCCCUGCUAUCUUCUCCUCAUGACAGAGCUUUACCCGUCUGAAUCUUUAGUGAAGAAGGUGCAGGCAUGUAGCCACGGGAGCACGGGACAGCUUGAUCUAAAUGGCAAGCUAAAGUGCAGCAUUCGUGUACUGACAGUAAUACUCUAGGCACUAAAGCGCAACGGUCGUGUGAUGUUAGUAAUCUUGUACGUACUAUACGGUGGGUACUUAACUGCAGUCGUCGUCACCGACAGUAAUCUAGUAAGUUGAAGCAGUGAUUGAAAGUUGAAGCAGACUAACUAACAAACAAAUCGGCAGAACAUAGCACCACAAUUUACCGUGACAAUGCCACGACCAAUCGUUACCACCACCACACACAGAAAAUCUAAAGAAACAGAUGUUGUUUUUGGUAUCAACAUAUGCAGGAGACGAGUGGGGUAAACUAUGCAUAAUGCACUCUUGCUGAUACUGGCUUCAAAAAAAUUAACCAGUUAAGAGUUCACAUGCUAAUACUGAAGAUAUUGUGCCAUCCCCGUCCCUACCUAACAUGGUAAAAAUGGAAGGAUAGGCACAAUUUUUGCUAUAUUUUUGUUAGUUGGUUUUGUAGUACACUUAUGGUAAAUGCAUAUGCAUUCCUUAGCAUCUUUGCUUCAGAAUGUUUAACCUGUUCAGAGUUCACGGUGUCAACAUCAACAGUAGAUGAGUUACAAAAAAAGAUGAGUUUGAUAAUGAGUUUUUUUUAGGACCGAUAAUGUGGUUCACAUGCUAAUAUUGAAGAUAUUGUGUAUACUGCAGUUUUAUCAUAGCUUCUCGCCUGUGUUUUGUUACUCAAGAAACCACAAUGAAGAAAUCUAAGUCGUACAUGGUAUUUCUCUGUAAAAUUGAACUGCUGCUGCAUGAGCCAGAAGCUGAUGAUGAGCUGAAAUCUACCAUUUGUGUUGAGGCUUGAGACACACUCAUAUUGUUAAUUUCUUGCCCUAAAAAUUGUUUGUCUACUGAUUGCCCUCAAAACUUUUUGUCUACUACUUGCCUACUCAAUUUUUUGUACAUAUGUACAUGUGUGUGGUGAACUGGUGGAUUCAUGCCAGAAUUUUGCAUUGUGCUUACAAGUCCUUAGAGUCAUCUAAUGCCAAAUAAUCUGCUGGGCAGACACAAUUGAUUUAUGUGAAAUAGUAGAUGAGUAUAAAAUUAAUUUAGCUAGAGUGUUGGCAUGAUCUCAUUGUGUUCCAUGAACUUUGUUGUUCCAUAUCUAAUAAUUAUUACACAUUUAUAGAUAAGAAAAAUAUACACAGAUGUUCAUACUUAGAUCCACUUGCUUUAGUUCUUGACUAUCCUUGAUGCUCAUUCACUUGUUGAUGUUCCUUGGUUAUCUGUGAUGGACGAGGGGGGAGAAGGGAUGGCAGAGGAGGUUUACAAUAUAUAGGACGACAAAUUACAUGGGCCACCAAAGCGAACCAGGCAUGGCGUACGGCGAAGUUGACCAUCGCGGGGUGCACACAACGCAGGAGGGCAAGAGUUUGGGCGUUUUCAUCUGCUGGCUUCUGGGCAACGGAUGCCUCUUCGGGUACAACAGCAUGCUCACCAUCGAAGAUUACUUCGUCCACCUCUUCCCGAACUACCAUCCGGUCAGAGUCAUCACUCUCACCUAUCAGCCGUUCGUGCUCGUGGUAGCUGCGGUGUUCGCGUACCAUGAGGCGAAAGUAAACACCAGGGUGCGCAACUUGGUGGGGUACUCACUCUUCUUCCUCGGCUCGCUCGCUCUCAUCAUCCUGGAUCUUGCGACGUCGGGAAGAGGUGGAAUCGCAACCUUCAUCGGCGUGUGUACGGUUGUGGCGGUGUUCGGCGUCGCGGAAGGUCACGUCGAAGGUGCCAUGACCGGGGACCUGUCCUUGAUGUGCCCGGAGUUCAUACAGUCAUUUUCUGCUGGCAUGGCUGCAUCGGGCGCAAUAACGUCGGCCCUGAGGCUGGUUACAAAAGUGGCCUUCGAGAAAUCCAGAGACGGCCUUCGCAGGGGAGCUAUGUUGUUCUUCAUUGCAUCAUGCUUCUUCGAGCUCCUGUGCAUCAUGUUGUACGCACACAUCUUCCCCAAGCUACCAAUAGUGAAAUUCUACCGUGCAAAGGCGGCUUCCGAGGGAUCUCUGACGGUCGCUGCUGACCUUGCUGCCGCCGGCCUCCAAAGACGCCCAAAACCAUCGGUAACCCCCUCAACGCCAGAUGAUAGAUCCAUAUGUACGUUCCAGGCUGAAGACCGCCCAUCCAUCCCCGAACGUUUGAGCAACAAGCAGCUCCUUAUGCUGAACAUGGACUACGCCUUGGACAUGUUCCACAUCUACCUGCUGACGUUGUCCAUCUUCCCGGGAUUUCUCGCCGAAGACCUCGGAUCGCACAGCUUGGGCUCCUGGUACGCGCUGGUGCUGAUCACGACCUACAACGACUCGGACAUGAUCGGGAGAUACGUGCCUCUAUUGGAGAGCAUCAAGGUGACGUCCCGGAGGGGACUGCUGGCCGCGGUGCUCGCCUGGUACAUGCUCCUCCCGGCGUUUUACUGCGCCGCCAGGUACGGAGGGGAGGCCUGGAUGAUCGUGCUCGUAUCGAUUCUGGGACUCGGCAAGGGAUACCUGACGGUCUACGUCCUGACCGAGGCGCCCAGACCCUACAAGGGGCCAGAACAGAAUGCUCUUGGAAACCUGCUCGUGUUUUGCCUAUUGGCAGGCCUAUGUUUAGGGGCUUUCCUUAACUGGCUGUGGCUCAUAGGCAAAGGAUGGCGAUCAAACCCAUGGCCCGCAUGUCAUCCAGACAUUUUUUGCGAGAAGAUAACGAUUUCAUAGAUAGUUCGAUCUUACAGAAAAGCCCAGAAAAGAGUAGAUAAUACAAAGGAGUCCUUCUGAGCUCCAGCAUCGUCGGCAUCCCGAACGAGAGGAAGACGCGUCGCCGCCUGUGCUUGUCCAUGCACCUUGGAUCGACGAAAACAUCCCCAUGGCAACCGGGAAGUCCUCACUCACCGCCUCCAGAGAGGUAACGUCCAGGAACAUCGGCUCCACCGCGAACCACCAUGUCAUCAUCUUUGAGAUCUUCAUAUCCCAGAUCCGCCGCCCCGCGGGAUCUGACUGGGGAAGGAAGCACAACACGGAUCCGUCGAUUCGCGAGUGCUGGGGAAGCAGGCGCACCACCACGGAGCUCCACCGAGCGCCGGAAUCGAAGGGGACGCACAACUAACAAAAACCACACUGGCGACUCAACCACCUACUCAUCGCCACCGGCUGGUAACCCUACAGACCCUACAGUAAUUACAGGCACGAGACGAGGACCCCCCGCCCUCCCGCCUCCGGAGCAGCAGACGGAGGACGAGGGAUCCGGUGCAACAGUGGCAUAGAGGUGGAUCGGCCGGGAGAUGUAAAAAGUCGCCCGCCUAGUUCGGAUGGGAG